UGGCAGGACAGCCGCGAGUCGCUCCGUGGCCAGGGACGGGGAAGUACGCUUUGGGCCCCUACCAAUUGCACUCGGUAUACGGGAACUAUCCCUGAGGAGCUUUUCUACGAGAUCUUGGGGAAUCUCAAGUAAUUUUCAGUGGUGUCUACAGUUCUCCUCUUCUGCCUUGUCAUUUCUCCGGUCCACUGUAAUUCUGCCACUUUUCUCACAGGCAUCGUUUGCCCUGCGCUCUUUUGGUGAUUAUUAGAAAUCCUUAACAGAAUGCCAGGAAAUGUGACACUCAGAGUCUCCAAGAAACUGCUUCUGGUGGGAAGCAAUGACCAUGCAAGCACUCAGUACAGUGAACUGAUUUACUCUGAGGGGUCACAGGAUACGACUGCAAACAGCAAUGCUAGGGAGCUACUGAGCUAGAGAAGAGCAACUGACAUGAGGCCAGGAGUCUUUUUCUGCAGAAGAAAAGGAUUACACGUGGUUUACAGUACUUUUCAUUGGUGCAUCACAACUUCAUGAAGUAGGUGAGCUACCAAGCUGGCUGCAGGGGAUUCUUCUUCGCAAUGGCCCAGGCAUGCAUACAGUGGGAGAAACCCAAUAUAACCAUUGGUUUGAUGGCUUGGCUCUGAUGCACAGUUUUACAUUUAAAAAUGGUGAAGUUUACUACAGAAGUAAAUACCUCUGCAGUGACACCUACAAUUGCAAUAUAGAAGCAAACAGAAUUGUGGUGUCAGAGUUUGGGACUAUGGCUUAUCCAGAUCCAUGCAAAAACCUAUUUGCCAAGGCAUUCUGCUAUUUGUCCCACACUAUUCCUGAGUUUACAGACAACUGCCUGAUCAAUAUUAUGAAAACUGGUGAAGAUUAUUAUGCUACAAGUGAGACUAACUUCAUUAGGAAAAUUAAUCCUCACACUCUGGAGACAUUAGAGAAGGUUGACUACAAUAAAUAUGUAGCAGUGAACCUGGCGACGUCUCAUCCCCAUUAUGACAGUGCUGGUAAUGUUCUCAAUAUGGGCACCUCCAUAGUUGACAAGGGGAAGACAAAAUAUGUUGUUUUUAAGAUUCCUUCCUCAGUGCCGGAGAAAGAAAAGAAGAAAUCCUGUCUCAAGCACCUGGAAGUGGUGUGCUCUAUCCCUUCCCACUCUCUCCUUCACCCAAGCUACUAUCACAGUUUUGGCAUUACAGAAAAUUAUAUCAUCUUCAUAGAGCAGCCAUUCAAACUGGACAUUCUCAAGUUGGCAACUGCCUACUUCAGAGGCGUUAACUGGGCGUCCUGCCUUUCCUUUCAUAAGGAAGAGAAGACUUGGAUUCACCUCAUAGACAGAAAGACCAAAAAGGACACAGCCACCAAGAUUUACACAGAGGCCAUGGUCCUUUUUCACCACGUGAAUGCUUACGAGGAGGAUGGCCACAUUGUUAUUGAUGUCAUUUCCUAUGCAGACAAUAGCCUGUAUCAAAUGUUCUACUUAAAAAACCUGAAUGAAGACUUGGAGAAAAACACCAAACUCACUUCCAUACCAGUCUGCAAGCGACUUGUGGUUCCUCUGGCGUUUGACAAGGAUGCAGAAGCAGGUACUAAUUUAGUCAAAAUUCCGUCAACUACGGCAACUGCUCUGAAGGAAAAGGAUGGAAGCCUCUAUUGUCAGCCUGAAACAAUGUGUGAAGGAAUAGAGCUGCCUCGCAUCAACUAUGAUUAUAAUGGCAAAAAGUACAGAUAUAUUUAUGCAACAGAAGUUCAGUGGAGUCCAGUUCCCACCAAGAUAACAAAAAUUGAUGUUCUGACAAAGAAAAAGCUCAGCUGGGAGGAGGAGCACUGCUGGCCAGCUGAGCCUGUCUUCGUUCCCAGACCUGAUUUAAAAGAAGAGGAUGAUGGUCUCAUUUUAUCUUCUAUUGUGACAACGGAUCCCAAGAAUGCACCCUUCCUGCUUGUCUUGGAUGCUAAAACAUUCACAGAGAUAGCUCGGGCCACAGUAAAUGUAGAUUUGCAUCUGGACCUGCACGGACUCUUCAUACCAGAGAAGGAUUUGAAUGCAGAGCAUGAAUAGAAGACUCUUCAUCUUUACAGUGUGAACAUCAAAAUGCAAUCAAAGCCACCUACUGAGCCUUGAGAAAUAAUCCUUUUGUCAUUUAAAAACCACCUUAUGUCAUCGCAAAGAAUAACCAAAUACUACAGCUAUAAAGUAACUUUUAUUACAGAUAUUGGGGAUAUGCACAACAAGCAAUUACCUAACACACUAACACACACACACACACAGAGGCUAAACUCUGAACAUGUCUCUUUCUUACAAGUUGUAUAUACUGUUUGCAAUGAGUUGUGUUUUUAUUCCAUACAUCACUGACUCUACUGGGAAAGUGAAGGCGGUGUGUUUACAAUAUGGCAUAUAGCAUGAGUCAUGCUUGCCCAGUUUGUGUAACUUUCAUGGAUCAUUUCAAGACAGCAUAUGAUCAACAUUUUUCUUUCCUUUCAGAAAUCCUGAUAUUUUAAAGUGUGUGCUAUGGCAGUAAUGAUUCAUAGCAAUCUCCUUUCUUUGGUGCUUGAUUUCUAAAGCUCCACUAAAACUACUGUGAAAUGUCUAACGUGUUGCAGCUUUUUGAUCAGGAGCCUAGAAAACUUAAGCAGCAUGAAUCAUUUUAUGACCUUUAAAAAAAAAAAAAGGGAGAGGGUGGUGUGCUUUGUGGAAGAAACUGAAGCUUAAACAAUUUCAAAUGGAAUCUACACUUUUAUUAAGACUUAAUUAUAUUUAAUAGUAUUUAAAUUAUUCUUUAUCUCUGUAAUUUUUUUCCUUUAGGAUUAUCUGAUAUGACAUUUAACUGCACUGUCUCAAAGAUAAAUGGUGAUUUGUCUCUUUACCUGUAAUAUUGUUAUAUGCAUAACAAUGAGCAGUUACAUUAUUAGUAGAGCUCAGAUGCUUAAGCUGAAUGAAUUGCUUCCAUUACAGAGUGUUACUGAACCUAGUGAGUACUCUUUCCUGGCCACCCUUUGAGACUGUCAGGGGAAUCCACCCCUUUGCUGCUCCAGAUCCCUGGAGUGAGUUAAACUCCUGAAGUCUCAGCACGCUGCCAUGUUGGUUUCUCCCUUGGCACCUCUGGCACACUUCCUGGCCACUGGGGAUACAACUACACUGUGUAUGGGGGUUUCGGAAGAAGGGAUGCAAAUUGUGCUCGCAUUUGCAUAUCUUCUUCUGAUUCUUUUUCCGGGAAGAGGCUUUUCCACUA